AUACACUAUCGACUAAUAAAAAUUUAUGUUUAUUUUAAUUUUUUACUAAUAUAUAAAGAAAAAACUAUUAUGCGAAAUAUUUAAAAUAUGAAAUAUUUACAUUGUACUUAUACUCACUUUGUGCACGUAUUGAAUCAUUGCAAAUUGUCACGUAGUAAAUAUGUCAGAACAAUGUGUAUUAUAUGUGUAGUAAGUGUAGAUUAUAUGUAUAUAUAUCAUGGUUAAAAAAUAAAUUUUCUUUAGAAUGAACGAUAAUUACGAACAAUUGACUGUCAAAGAUGUAACUAGUUAUGUUGCAUCUUUAACAAUAAUAUUUGGUGGUAUCAUACCGUAUAUACCACAAUAUAGAGAAAUCAAGAGAAAAAGAGAUGCAGAAGGAUUUUCUUUAUAUGUUUGUUUGACAUUGUUAAUUGCAAAUACUCUCCGCAUUUUAUUUUGGUUCGGUAAACAUUAUGAAACACCUCUUUUAAUUCAAAGCAUUAUAAUGAUCAUUACAAUGUUUAUUAUGAUUAAACUUUCUGUCAACAUACACAAUAGAAGUCAAAUAAUUAAGUUAAAAGAACGAGUAUUUACAGAUUUGGAGACAAGAUUCUUUUGGAAAUGGACAGAUUUCCAAUCUUACUUGGAUUUUAUGCUGCUAUUUGCUAUUAUGGGUGGAAUAUUAAUGUAUUGGUUUAUAGAUGUACCCAUAUUUGUGGAAAUUGUUGGUUUCCUUGCAGUAUUAAUAGAGGCAAUGCUUGGAAUACCACAAUUUUUACGUAAUUUUUAUAACAAAUCUACGAGUGGAAUGAGUAUAACAAUGGUUAGCAUGUGGACAUUAGGAGAUCUCUUUAAGACUUGUUAUUUUGUAUUACGAGAAGCUCCAAUUCAAUUUGAGGUAUGUGGUGCUCUUCAAAUUAUAAUAGAUAUCGCGAUACUAACACAAGUAUAUAUUUAUCAAAAGAAUACAUCAAUGCAUCCUCAAGUUAUUACACGAGCUGAUUAGUUAAUUAAAAAUAUAUUAUUAAUUACGUUAAUUUUUAAAAACAAUUUACCAUAAAUAAUGAAACAAACUAUUUUUGUAAAUUUGUAUCAAACUAUCUUGUAUAAACACAUAUGAAAACUAAUAUUACAAGGUCCAAAAAACAUAGUUGUGUGUAAACUUUUGACAAUCAUUCUAAUACUGACACUUGUUUAAUAGUAUUAUGUAGACAUUAAUCUUUUGGAAUACCAAACUUGUAUAAAUUUA